AUGUUCACUGGUCAUUUUCCAGAAUCUGUAUUAACUACACAAUGUGGCCAUUUGUUUCAUUCAGAAUGUAUUCUACUGUGUUUAAACAGGUACCUACUAUUUGCAUUAAAUUAUUUUUUAAACAUUAAUCAUACAAACUAUUGAGAUACUUAAAAUUUUAUGCUAUGAUAUUUCAAGUCUGAAUUACUCAUACAUUGAGCAUAAUCUAUCCUCAAUUUAUUGACAUUUGUUCAUUAACACCAUUUAUUGUAAAUACCUAUUUCUUUAAAAUUAACAGACAAUCAUUAUACAACUAUUUAUUUCUUAUUUGGAUUUUAUUGUAUCAAUACUAUCAAUAUACUAUACAAUUAAUUAUAUUAAUAUUUUGUAUGUCUUUUUAGUUCAUCCAAAUGCCCUUUUUGUUCAUUACACGUUAAAAAAAACCAAUUGGUGAAAUUACAUUUUGUUAUCGAUUCAAAUUGGAAAAAUAUUGCAGCCUCUUUAAAAAAUAAGGUAGAUAUUUAGUUUUAAUUAUUUAUUAAUUUUUUUUUUUAAUGCAUAAAUAAAUAAUUAUAUAAAACCAAGUAUUAAAUGACAAAUAUAUAAUACUAGACAUUAAACAAUAAAAACUUGUUACUCAGAAAUAAUACAAUUUAUAUUUAAUAAAGAAAAAUAAAAACCUGGAAAUUAUAACAGUUUAAAAUGAAAAAAAUAUUAUAAAAUGUAUUAAUGUUAAAACUUAUUUAUUUGAACAUCAUCAAAUUUUAACUAAAAAUUAAUUUAAAAAGAAAUAUAUAUUUAGAGUUUGUGAAAAUUAAUAUUCAAAUGCAUUUUCCGUUUUAAUGUAAAUACUGUAUAAAUCUAUUAUGAUAAUUUAUUAAUACAUUUUUGUUUUUUCAGACUGAUGCUAGCAUCAUUAAUUUGGAUGAAACAAUGAACAUUUCAUUAAAUAAUGAACAAUAUACUGAGUCACUUAACAAAUCAAUUGAUGAACUACAAACUGGAAACUUAAAAGACUUUGAUAAAUUGAAUGAGAACAAUGAGAACAAUUUGAGUCUUAUUGAAGUUGAUUUUGGUUUAACUUCUGAAGCGCAUGGUUUUAAUAAAAACGUUGGUAUAAACAAACAAAUCGUACACAACUCACAUAAUUCCAAUACAAAAGUAUUAUUAACCACAUCGGUGUUUGGCUUAACAUUGUCUAAAAUUAUAAACAAUUUCAUUUUAAUUUUGAAUGCAAUCAUACCUAACUCGAAAAUACAGAAGCGUUUAUUCAUAUCUGAAUCAAAUUUAAUAGAGGCUGCAAUGAAUGAAAGUUUUACCCAUAUAUGUAUAAUAAUUAUGCAUCAAGGAUUUCCCACCGAUUUAUGUUUUUUGAAUUUAUUGGAAAAUAAAAAACAUAUUGUCUCAUUAAGUUCAUUUAAAUGUGUAUGUAAUGAAUAUAUUUUUGACAAAAUUAAAACUCCACAACUAUUGAUAACAAAAUAUGAUAAAUUAAGUAAACCUCAAGAAUUUAUUUUAGAUUAUAUUUCUGCAAUUUUUCAAAAACAGUUCGAAACUCCUAAGGUCAAUGAUAUCAGUAUUACAUUUUGUGAUGACGGUAAACAAAUUAAAUUUAAAUAUAGUCCUGGUGGUCUUAGUUUCAAUAUGUGUCCAAUGACAUUCUUUUGA